AUGGAUUCCAGAAACUACGCACUUUAAGUUCUGCGCAAACAGUUGAAAGAUAUCUAACAAAAUGAUGAGAUUGGCUGCUCAGUUGGUCUAGAGGAUGAAAGUGACUACUUCAAGUGGAAUAUAGUUUUUGAAGGUCCUGGUGACACUCUUUAUGAGGGAGGAUUUUUCAAGGCAACUCUGAAGUUCCCAUCAGACUAUCCAAAUAGCCCCCCAGAAAUGAGAUUCGUUACCAAGAUGUGGCAUCCAAAUAUCUAUCCUGAUGGAAAAGUAUGCAUUUCUAUACUCCACCCUCCAGGGACCGAUGAAUACAACAACCAAGAGACUGCAGAUGAAAGAUGGAGGCCGAUUCUCGGAGUUGAGAGUAUUAUCCUGUCUGUGAUCUCUAUGCUAAAUGAUCCUAAUAUUAGCUCCCCAGCAAAUAUCGAUGCAGCGGUAGAAUACAGGGAUAACUACGACUCUUAUAAAAAGAAGGUUAGAAAGCUAACGAUCCAAUCGGUAGAAAGCUUAUGA